UGGGCUGCUGCUCACUGCAGUUUUUCAGUGACAGAGCUCAGCAAGGUUCCCAACACAACACAGCAUUGUGCAGAGGGGACAGGCUGGGGGGACGCUAAGACAGAGAAACUGAUCUCCGCUAGCUUUUCACUCAAUUGCUGCUGAAUGGGCAGAGGAAAGUGGAUCUUGAACCUCGACCGUGGGGUCCCCUGGAAAAGCUUGCUCGCUCUGUUGGAGGGCUCAGUUUUUUUUUCUGCUGGGUUUUUCUUCUCCCAGCUCUGGCGGAGGUAAAUUAGGUGGAGCUGGCUUUCCUGGAAUUGUAGGGCAGCUUUUCCUGUUGUGCUCUGCAUCAGACUGUCUCGCAUUAAAUGACAGCCCAGCAUCGGGAUUACUGAGCGCUGAAGGUCGCUGCCAUCUGGCUUCCUCAUCCUAGUGGUGGUAUUUUUUUCUGUAAUUUGGGUCGGCGGUGAUCUUCCUUCAGAAAUGUCCCAGCGAAGCCAACCGGGGCGAAAUCCAUCGAUAGCUGAUCAGCUUCCCUGGAUUUCGCUGACGACACCGCUUUGUUUCGCCUGAAGAUGGAAACACUGGAGUCGGAGCUGACCUGCCCUAUCUGUCUGGAGCUCUUCGAAGAUCCGCUGCUGCUGCCUUGCGCUCACAGCCUCUGUUUCAGCUGCGCACAUCGCAUCCUGGUCUCCCAUUGCACGUCUAACGAGCCCGUGGAGUCUAUCAGUGCUUUCCAGUGCCCGACCUGUCGUUAUGUCAUCACCCUCAACCAAAGGGGCCUAGAGGGACUCAAACGCAACGUCACCCUUCAGAAUAUCAUCGACCGUUUCCAGAAAGCUUCCGUGAGCGGGCCCAACUCCCCAAGCGAGACCCGGCGCGAGAAGGCCUUCGACGGCAACACCAUGACCUCGUCCAGCGAAAAAGUGCAGUGCCAGUUCUGUGACCAAGACCCCCCCCAGGACGCGGUCAAGACCUGCGUCACCUGCGAGGUCUCGUACUGCGACGAGUGCCUCAAGGCCACCCACCCUAACAAGAAGCCCUUCACGGGCCACCGCCUGAUCGAGCCGAUCCCGGACUCGCACCUGCGGGGGCUCAUGUGUCUGGAGCACGAGGACGAAAAGGUGAACAUGUACUGCGUGACGGACGAACAGUUAAUCUGUGCCUUGUGCAAGCUGGUGGGACGUCACCGCGAUCAUCAGGUGGCCGCCCUCAGCGACCGCUUCGAGAAAUUAAAGAGAACUCCUGGGAGGUUUUUCAAUGAGAGGAAUGAGCAGAAAGCUUCAGACCAGGUGAAAUCUGUUACACAAACUCCACUUAAUCUGCUCUCACCUAAGCAAGAGGCGCUGAUCUGUCAGGAAAAUUGUAAGCACUUCGGCUGUAAGUGUCUGAGCCCAGCAGCAGUGAUGAUGUCUGUACCAGAGGACUCUGAGCAAGCGUUAGAUGCAAACCUCAGCAACCUGAUUAAGAGGAACAAUGAACUGGAAACUCUAAUGAGCAAGCUGAUCCAGACAUGCCAGCACGUCGAGGUGAAUGCAGCCAGACAAGAGAACAAGCUGAUGGAGGAGUGUGACCUCUUGAUUGAAAUUAUUCAGCAGAGGCGACAAAUUAUUGGAACAAAAAUCAAGGAAGGCAAGGUGGUGAGGCUGCGGAAACUGGCCCAGCAAGUCGCCAACUGCAAGCAAUGCAUAGAGAGAUCCUCAUCUCUCAUCACCCAGGCUGAGCACACCCUCAAGGAGAGCGAUCAUGCUCGUUUCCUUCAAACAGCAAAAAACAUCUCCGAGAGGGUUUCCAUGGCAACAGCAUCCUCUCAGGUGCUGAUACCAGAGAUCAACCUGAAUGACACCUUUGACACUUUUGCGCUAGACUUUUCCAGGGAAAAGAAAAUGCUGGAGAGUCUGGACUAUCUCACGGCUCCAAAUCCUCCAGGAAUUCGAGAAGAGCUGUGCACCGCAUCUCAUGACACAAUCACUGUUCACUGGACCUCAGACGACGAAUUCAGUGUUGUCUCCUAUGAACUUCAAUAUGCCAUCUUCACAGGGCAAGCCAAUGUAGUCAGUUUAUGUAAUUCUGCCGACAGCUGGAUGAUUGUUCCCAAUAUUAAACAAAACCACUACACCGUGCACGGCCUGCAGAGUGGGACAAAGUACAUCUUCAUCGUCAAAGCUAUCAACCAGGCCGGCAGCCGGAGCAGCGAGCCAGGGAAACUGAAGACUAACAGUCAGCCUUUCAAGUUGGACCCAAAAUCUGCCCACCGGAAGCUGAAGGUUUCCCAUGACAACCUUACAGUCGAACGUGACGAAACCUCUUCGAAAAAGAGCCACACGCAAGAGAGGUUCACCAGCCAGGGGAGCUAUGGUGUGACAGGAAACGUGUACAUUGACAGUGGGCGGCACUACUGGGAAGCCCUUAUUGGCGGAAGUACAUGGUAUGCAGUGGGGAUCGCCUACAAGUCUGCCCCAAAGCACGAGUGGAUCGGGAAGAAUUCGGCCUCUUGGGUUCUGUGCCGCUGUAACAACUCCUGGGUGGUGCGACACAACAGCAAGGAGCUGCCCAUCGAGCCGUCCCCACACCUGCGCCGCGUCGGGGUGCUCCUGGACUACGAUAACGGCUCCCUGGCCUUCUACGACGCCGUGAGCUCGCAGCACCUGUACACCUUUGACAUUUCCUUUGCGCAACCCGUGUGCCCUGUGUUUAACGUGUGGAACAAGUGCUUAACUGUCUUAACCGGGCUGCCCAUCCCAGAUCACCUGGACUGCACGGAGCUGCAGCCAUGAUCGCCACGGAAACAUGCCCCAAAGGAAACUCUGUGAAACUUCGUCGGGAGCAAAUAUGUCGGCUGUGGGGGGAGAGAGGAGUAGAAGAAGGAACACCUGUGACUGGAACUACCGUUUUUCCCACCAUUUUCCACAGACCAGCCAGCACAAAGACUGAAAUGUUCCCAGUGCUGUAUAAAAUGUACAAGCCAUGGCUUUAAAUCUUCUUUGUACUUAUGCUCUGAUAGUAUAAAUUAUUUAUGGAAAAAAAGACAAUAAUUCGAUAAAAAAAAAUGUUGUAGAAUUUUCUUGCUUUGCACAUUAAUGUUUACUAUUUUAUUUAUGCUUAGAUGAUUUAUUUGGGAGAUUUGUUUUUAAUUGGUUGGAUAACACUGCAGUCCUUUUAUUAAUUUUUAAAGAAGCUUAUUUUGGACGGUCCUGGGUUUCUUUAAUCGGGGUCCUUAACAUUGAUAAACAUAACUGAAGUGUCGUCUUUCAGUCGAUAUUGUAAAGUUGUCUGUCCAGCAUUUGUAAUCAGCAUGUUAAAGUAAUAAAUCCUGGGGAGUGUAGCCUCAUGACAAGGUCUUCAAGCAGUAGGUAUGAGUUACAUAGUGAAAAUGUGUACAUUUGUGUGACUCAUUGUUGUAUUAUCUUUAGUCCUGUUUAACUUUCCACAAAGGGAAAUAUGAGCUUAUUUAAACCUCUUACGUUUUUUGUGUUUCACACAAUCUAGGAGUGAAUAGGAAAUGAUUACGCGAUCGAUAAAAAAGCAGGUUGCUGAUGUAGCGGCAAAGAAGCUCAGGGCAAAUUGAGUUUCAAAAGAGACAUUUAUUAUUUUGAGUUACAACUUGCAAGCCUUUGAACAGGUCAAUCAAGUCCAUUAAACUUCGAAAUGCAUUUAAAAUGUUUGGGUCUCUGUCAGCUCCUUCAUUACAUUGCAACAACAACAAACAAAAAAAUAUUGAGAAAGUUCUGGUCUAAAAGGCAGACUGGAGAACCUGAGAAGAUGACUUAACACUUUGUGAACUAAUGACAGAGAUCAGGCCAAAAUGGACUUUAACUUCAGUUUUAUUGGAUACAGGUUGAAACCUGCUUUUAGUUCAGUAUUUUUUGUUGGUUUUAGUUCAAACACUUUUGUUUGGACUACAUCCUUUGGAAGCCAACUCUUCCUCAAGCUUUAAUUGUAAAUCCUAGCUGCAGACCUGCUCUCACAUAUGGACUGACCACUCCUUUCAAUCUCCAGUCAGCGUCAAACUCUUCUGAAAGAGUCUGCUUUCUGUGUGCUACACACCGAUGCUUGUUUUUUUUUUAUUUUGACUUCCAAUUCAGAUUUUCACUUGUCUUUUCCUUUUGUUUCUGUAAGUAAGAUUUAUUUUGCAAUAUUUUGUGCAAAGUUGGUUUUCAAAUGAAAUCAACAAAUUAAUAAAUUGUUACCAUGUGAUAUAAACAUUAUAUGAGUGUGAAAAGAUCUUAGGUGCUGAAAACCAUUAUUCUAUUUUUUUUUCUUCUGUUGACAUUCCGUUCUAUUUGGAUAGCUCUGCAGAACAUCUUCAGCUGGAUUUAAGGCAAAAAAGACCAGAUUCUCAAGAUAUUUGCAUCACAUUGCAAUUUUUGUGAACACAAAAAUAAAAUAAGUUGUCAUAGUA